UCCGGCGUCGGCGGCCGCGGCCGGGGACGGUGUGAGAGCGGUAAGAUGGCGGCGGCGGCGGUGGUGGAGUUCCAGAGAGCCCAGUCUCUACUCAGCACCGACCGGGAGGCCUCCAUCGACAUCCUCCACUCCAUCGUGAAGCGUGACAUUCAGGAAAACGAUGAAGAGGCAGUGCAAGUCAAAGAGCAGAGCAUCCUGGAACUGGGAUCUCUCCUGGCAAAGACUGGACAAGCUGCAGAGCUUGGAGGACUCCUGAAGUAUGUACGACCCUUCUUGAAUUCCAUCAGCAAGGCUAAAGCAGCUCGCCUGGUCCGAUCUCUUCUUGAUCUGUUUCUUGAUAUGGAAGCAGCUACAGGGCAGGAGGUCGAGCUGUGUUUAGAGUGCAUCGAAUGGGCCAAGUCAGAGAAAAGAACUUUCUUACGCCAAGCUUUGGAGGCAAGACUGGUGUCUUUGUACUUUGAUACCAAGAGGUACCAGGAAGCAUUGCAUUUGGGUUCUCAGCUGCUGCGGGAGUUGAAAAAGAUGGACGACAAAGCACUUUUGGUGGAAGUACAGCUUUUAGAAAGCAAAACAUACCAUGCCCUGAGCAACCUGCCGAAAGCCCGAGCUGCCUUAACCUCUGCUCGAACCACAGCAAAUGCCAUCUACUGCCCCCCUAAAUUGCAGGCCACCUUGGACAUGCAGUCGGGUAUUAUCCAUGCAGCAGAAGAGAAGGACUGGAAAACUGCGUACUCAUACUUCUAUGAGGCAUUUGAGGGUUAUGACUCCAUCGACAGCCCCAAGGCCAUCACAUCUCUGAAGUACAUGUUGCUGUGCAAAAUCAUGCUCAACACCCCAGAAGAUGUCCAGGCUUUGGUGAGCGGGAAGCUUGCACUUCGGUAUGCAGGGAGGCAGACAGAAGCAUUAAAAUGCGUGGCUCAGGCUAGCAAGAACAGAUCACUGGCAGAUUUUGAAAAAGCUCUGACAGAUUACCGGGCAGAGCUCCGGGAUGACCCAAUCAUCAGCACACACUUGGCCAAGUUGUAUGAUAACUUACUGGAACAGAAUCUGAUCCGAGUCAUUGAGCCUUUUUCCAGAGUACAGAUUGAACACAUAUCUAGUCUCAUCAAACUCUCCAAGGCCGACGUGGAAAGGAAAUUAUCACAGAUGAUUCUUGACAAGAAAUUUCACGGGAUUUUGGACCAGGGGGAGGGUGUCCUGAUUAUUUUCGAUGAACCCCCAGUAGAUAAAACUUAUGAAGCUGCUCUGGAAACAAUUCAGAACAUGAGCAAAGUAGUGGAUUCCCUCUACAACAAAGCCAAGAAACUGACAUAGAGUAGCCGAAAGUCCUGCCGCCGCCGCCACCACCACCACCACCACUGCAGCAACAACAGCAGCAGCAGCAGCAGCGCCUGCAUAGCUCCACUCUGACCUGUGAAGGAAUGGGGAUGAGGCCAGGAGCUAGUGUCUACCACGGCCACACAGGGAGCAGUGUGGGCCCUUAGCCCCCAAGGGGCCUGCUGUGCAUGUGGUUUUUUUUUUUUUAAACACAGUAAACUAGAUUAGUCGUCAGUGUUUUAAUUGCCCCUCUUCUCCUCUCCUGCAUUCCUCUCCUCUCUUCUUUCCUCUCUGUCCCUUCUCUUUCCCCUCUCUACCAGGAGACCAUCAUGUCUCUCCGCCUUUCUCCUCUCCCCUCCAGGGGAGUCAGGCUGUCUGUGAAAUCCAUGAGCUUCUCUCCCUCUCCCACUCCUCCUCUCCUGCUUUCAGAUGGAUUUAUUCCUUUUUUAAACAAUGAACAUCGGAAAUGAGACUGUGGGGUGUGGUUUCUCUCUCUCUCUCUUUUUUUUUUUUUUUUUUUUAAUUUUCUUUGUUGGGUUUUUGAGCAACCUCAUGUCCCCUUCCCAGGGAGCUUCUUAAUUUACCUCUUAGAACUCAAGUGGAUGGGAAGUAGAGCACUGUGUGUCAGUAUGCUUUGUUUUCUGACACGAUUACACAGCGAGGCUUUAAUGCUAUUUGGGUAGGUGAGCUUCUGCACUUCUGUUGUGCUGAACUGUAUUUUCUUCUCUCAUCUCCUCUUUGUCUUUUUCUCUUUUCCUCUCCUUCCUGCCUUCUUCUGCUGGCCUCCUUUUCUCUUUCUUUACCUUCCUUGGAUUAUCCUUCCAGGUUUUCAUAAUAAAUUUAUAUUUUGUAAAAGGAUUUUGUUGUACCAGGUUUUGCAUCCUCACUGAAUCCGACUGGCUUUUAUUUUCCUCUCCAAAAUCAGGUUUUUGUUCUCAACAUCUUUCCCCAUCAUGUCCAGUCACUGUUUUGGUUUUGGCACCAUCAGUAUCAAAUGUACAAACGGUUCUUGCUAACCAACACCAGGUAUAUCUGAUGUUCAGAUGAGUUCCAAUAAAAAUAAUUUUUUUUUUUCAAAAGGUGUCUUUUCUUGAGUGCUGGAGGGCUUCCAAGCAAGCCCAGACAGCUGUGUAGCCCCACACUAGUCUAGUACUCAUCUGGCCAAAGCUGUUAUCUCAUUUGUGUAAUGGGAGUCCUUAAGGUAAAUUUGGGAUCCAAAUUUGGAGGGCUUUGGGGGCAAGAAAGUUGGUGUGUGAGUUCUGAAGUUGGAAAUGAGUUCAGGUGUCUUUUUCCAGGGCAGCAUGGUCCAGUGAGCACAUGUAAGUUUGGGCGGUAGAUCCUCUGAGCCUACUUUCUCUUCUACUCAGUGAGGAUGCUGCUUCCUUGGCAGGUGAUUGUGAUGUGAAGCUUAAUAAGUCAUAGAUGUGCAGGUGUCUGGAGAGUCCUGACAUGCAGUUGUGGUUUCGUUUCCUUUUGGAAUCUUCAAAGGCAGCGAUUUUCAUAUUGCCUCACACCCUUGGGGGGGCUCUGGGACCACUGGGGGACCUGCUAAAUCCUCUUCAGUCUGAGCAGUUCAGCCAUUGUCAGUUUUAGUAUUGUGUCUCUGUAUUUCACUUGCAGAAAGAGUUUUGCUUCUAUAAAGGACUUUAAAAAUUACUCCAAAGAGAUCUAGUUUUGUAGCAGAGGGGAGACGGUUUCUCAAACUUAGGGCAGUCCUGAGGAGCUCAGGCAGUAGCCCUUUUCUCGGUUCCCUUUGCGGGUCUUCGUCAGAUGAUGCCCUCUAGACCCGUGCUGUCCAAUAUGUAGCCGCUAGCCACGUGCAGCUGUCAGGCCCUUGGAAUGUGGCUGGUUCGAGCUGUGAUACACUGCAAGUGUAAACACAAACCAGACUUCGAAGGCUUAGUAUGAUAACAAAAGGAAAGGAGUGUAAAAUAUGUCAAUAACUUUUUUAUAUAUGUGUUGAAAUAUUUUGGGUAUUGGGUUAAAUAAAAUAUAUUAUUAAAAUUCA